AAUAUCAUCAAACUGCCGGAGAACUUGUCCGGCAGGGUGUCGAACUGUACAGGACCAGAAUUCAGAAAAGUCGCAGAGGCAACACGACGCGUCGUUGUCAGAUCCAUUUGGAGGCAAUUCUGGGCUCUACGCUCCAAUGUCGAUCAUGCGGGAAGGAAAUCACGAGAGGGCAUGGAACGAUCCUCCUCAAUCCGCGUACGCAGCCAGCGAACCCCGUGCGAGAACUCGAUUGAACAAGAGAGUGGCUUACACGCCGGGGAUUCCGACUUCGCCUGCUUCGUCCAAUCCCAUCUCAAUCCCAAGUUCACCACCUGUCUCGACGGGCGAUAUCCAUGUAUUCACACCCCCGGAUUUCCAUCCCGCCAGUUGCUCGCCUCCCUGCGGGAGUCCUCCUAGUUCAUCGGGGAAGGUUGACACGAGCGAUCUUCCCGAUCUGAACUCGACAGAAAUGUUCGAAAAAGUGAAUUCAGAUCUCUCUCAUAUGUUGAGCCGAGUCCAGGAGAAAGUCAGCGAACGGAAGUUUGAGGAUAUAAGGAAACGUUUGGACAUCAUGAGAUCUCAAUGGAAUGAGGGCAAACUCUCUGAACCCACGAAAAAACUACUGUACCUCCUAGUCACCAGACUGCGUGCCUGCGACUACGAAGACGCGAAUCGCAUACAAGUGGCCCUGAUUGUCAAUUAUUCUUGUGAGGUAUCGCAAUGGGUUGUCGGCGUGAAACAUGUUAUUCUCGAGUGCCAAUCGCAACAUGUGAAACCUUGAGCCCACGAUCUGGAAAUGCUGACGUCGAUCCGGGUAGACGGUCGGAUAGCUUCACCGAACUUUGGUCAUAACUGUACAAAGCUUUAUACACUUCGUGAUAUCUCCGUGGAGGCUCGUUACUCCCUUGCAACGAACACAAGCGCAACUUCGAUUCCGAGCGGUUUCUAUUUGCAACGCGCGACCACCGCUCCGGGCGUGAGACGCUGCAAAUCUUCUCACCUACUCUCGACUCUGACGAUGUUUUCGAGUUUGAAAUUUAUUGUCCCGAAUAAACUUAUA